AUGUUCUCCUCUCUGACGUCGUCUUCGGCUCUGUCCAAUCUGGGCACGCGGCUAAACUCCUUCCGACGCGCCAUCACUCUGGGCGACGAGGCCGACGAUCCCGAUCACGAGGACUGCUCGCACAUCUCGAACGUUCUCCGGGCCUAUUACACCGAAAAGGGUCGGCCAUACCCGUCCUGGUUACCCCCCGAUCCAAAGGCGCCGACGCCGUCACCGGCCCGCGUCAUUGCGACGACUCAGAUCCAGCCUGGCGCGGGCGCCCCGGCAGCCUCGACCUAUGGACGCAGUAGCGGUGGAGGACUAGGUGAUCUGUGGGGAGACUCGGGUGCAGCACAACCCCCGGCACCCCAGACAGCAAGUCUCCGACGAGGACGAGGUGGUGUGAGCGGGCCCCCUCUGGCUACGGCAAAUAGCGCACCUUCCGGGUCCCUGGCGACGGCGCCGAGCCAGUCUCCCACGCCGCCGAUGCUGCACCCGUCCGGGGCCCGACCUCUCCCUAGUCAGCGAGCCGGGUCCUACCAGUCGAUGUCGGGAGCGCAGCCCUUGGAACGGGCAGCAUCGGCGCAGGAACGACUACGGGCCAGGUUGCAUGGGGGCCGGUCUCCUAGCCCCGGUCAGAAUCCGAAUAGUCGGCCCAAUUCACCGUACUACGGAGGGGGAGCGGAUCCUAGUGCACGAAAACCGGUCGGGAUGCCUCCCGGGAGAAUGCGAGGGUAA